CAACCAUAUAAAAGGGAAGAGAGCGAGACAAGAUUCACAAGUUAAAGACGGAGAGCCUGGAAAUAUUAUAUCUGAAUAAUAACUUAAUUAGAUUUCGAUACAAAUAUGCAAAGCAUGGAUUUAAGGUUAAGUAAAAUUUCCAUCGUGGUUUUCCUAGCCGUCGUAGCGAUGACCCAUAUUGCUCAAGGGAUGUCAUUAUAUGAAAAGAAAGCCUUCUACAAACAAUACUGCGGUGAUGAUAUGGCUUGUCGAUGGACCGUUUGUCGGUGGCACAGCAACCCAAAUUCUAAACUCAAUUGCUUCAGAGUAAAUAACCUGAACUGCGAUUGUCAUGCUGGAGAAAGUUGUGUACUGCGAGAAGAUUUAGUAAGACCAUCUGAAACCAUGGUGAAAUUCCAACAUAGGUGCAUGAAAGUCUAACCGAUCAUGAAACUCUGAAAACAUAGCAGUGGCGGAGAGUUUGAACUACUAGUAUCAGAUGAAUUUCAAAAAAUGUGAUGUUAUCAAAUAUGAAUAAUUUACAAAUAUUGUAUUCGGAGAUGCAAUUGGAAAAUAAAAUAUGUUCUUCUUUCACUAUAGAGUAUACAUUGAAUAUAGCCCUAUGUCUCAUUUUUUAAAUUCAUAACAAAAUAAAUCGACGAAUGCUACAAUGUUCGUAA